AGCGCCAGCAAACGUCGUUGUAGUCGACCGCUGCGCCAACCAAGACACCUCAACUUUCCAUCCAUCCAUCCUGUCCCAACAUCCAGUCCUUGACCAACAUCACCGACGGUAGUAAGCGACACCUCUCAAACAAACUCGACUGUCCUUCGAAACGCGACCCGCUACAUACGUCGAUUGGCUGUCAGCUCGUCGCGCCUCAGUGUCUCCCGCACCGCUCUGCAAACCAUUGGCUUGUACUUGAAACACCCUAUUCCUGGGGUCCUGCACAAUACCACUCGCAAUCUUGCCCCCCGACAAACUCGGCCAUACAGCCGCUGGCCUGAUUCUGGCGUUGCGCGCUACGUCGCCGUCGCUUUCCCGUAUCCACUCUUCAUUGGAUCCCACACGCAGCCGCCGAACCACCGACCUGUUGGAUCCCAUUCCCAACUUAGCACCGCAUCUGCACCCGCCCAAGGGUCUGUCGGUCAUAAGUAUCACGCUUUCUGCCGUCGAUACUGCUUCACUCACUACCGGAUCCUAGUUCCGCCUCGCAGGGCAUAAUCAUAACACACCAUCAUCCCUGCCCUUCAGCAUCACCUACCAAGGUCAACAUUCACUUUAAAGAGUCAAACAUUUCCCCACUUGCAUCUUCGCCACAAAACAUCGCCAUGCCUUACUCACCAAACCUCGCCGCCGAGAACCAGGCCGCUCUCGACCACUUCAUCCAACUCCCCGUCUCAAAUGACAUGAUCUCGUACCUUGCGCAAAAGGCCACACAAGUCAUCCGCUGCGAACCAUCAGUCAACAAGAACCUUCCUCCCACCCCACCGGCCUCGCCUCCUCAGUAUGCUGCCUCCAGCCGGGAUCCCGCCCUCCCAUCAGUAGAAGAGUUCAUCACGUCCAUUGUCGAGAGGUCACAUGUCCAGACCGCAACCCUGAUGACUUCGCUCGUAUACCUUAGCCGGUUACGGUCUCGUCUUCCUCCUGUCGCCAAGGGUAUGCGCUGCACUGUCCACCGCAUCUUCCUCGCCUCCCUCAUUCUUGCGGCUAAGAACCUCAACGACUCGUCGCCCAAGAACAAGCACUGGGCCCGGUACAGCGCCGUCCGUGGCUAUGAUAACUUCGGUUUCUCCAUCACCGAAGUAAACCUGAUGGAGAAGCAGUUGCUUUUCCUCCUCGACUGGGACCUCCGCAUCAACCCCGAUGACCUCUACUACCACUUUGAGCCUUUCCUGGCUCCCAUCCGCGUCUGGCAAGGUCGCCAGGCUGAGAAGGCCAGGCUUGCCGAGAAGGAGAAGGAGCUUGCCCGCCAGCAGUACCAGCUCACCGCCGAGAACCUCUCGCGCACCGUGCAUCCGUAUGCAUCAAACUCUUCCAUGGCCUCAUAUGCAUCCCGCGCACAGGCGCACCGUGCACACUACGCACCAUCCUCCCGCGCUCAAUCACGCACUCCAUCGCUAUCACCCCCCACCCGAAGCUCCUCUAGCUCCACUUCGUCGGAAUCUCCCAUCAGCAUUCACGACGAGCCCUCCGACACUGUCCUGCAGCGCUACGAUGCCGACCAAGGCGCCAAUGUUGUAUAUAUCAAUGGUCCUAUCCCAUACGCCCAAAAGCAGCAGCACUCACUCCCGCUCUACGACACUCAGCCUUCCAAGAAGGUCAAGACGUCGGCGGGUGGCCUUUUCAGCAGAAUGUUCGGUCAGACCGGUGCCUAUGCGGGCCGACAGACCGGCUAUUAAUGCUAUUCGCUUUGUCAAACACUUUCGUUUACUAGACCCACGACUUUCUUUUUUUUUCGUUUCAUUGUUGAUGGUCUUGAAAAAGAGAUCAUAGGGUGUCUUAUGGAUGACACAAUCUGGUUGGAAGAUGCUCACUGGAUGGACAUCUCCCGCCCAUCGGCUUAACUUUGCAUCAGUAGGCGUUAUGUUUAGCAUUUGCACAACAGCAUUGUACCGGCGUUGGAUAUCAUCAUCAUCUAUUAGCAUUUUCUCCGUCGGCACGACGAUCCACAGUAGUCUAGCUAUAUUCGCUCCCUGCCCGUGUUGCGGGUUAUCGCGAGUAAUGAAUUUAUCAAAACAUUUCAAUCCA